CAUUGAAUGCAAGCCCUAGUCAUUCGUUAGAGAAAAUCAUUGAAAGGAGUGCAUCGCUGCGAUUGCGUUAUUGAAUUCGAAACCUAUAGCAAAUUGAUUAUAUUAAAACUAGUAAAAGCUACUAUUUCACAUUAGUGAUUCUUAAAUUCAUUCUAGUUACAUAAAUGGCAGACAAAAAAGUGCCAGUUGUUCCAGUGACCCCGCCACUCGGCGCUUACCCUCAACCGCAACCGCCGCAAGGACCGUUCCUGCCGGCGCCGCCCCACCAGGCCGCACCGCAGUAUGGAGUGGCGGGUUUUCCAGUGGCGGGCGGCUCCCCGUACGGCGUGACGUUCGGGGGGGCGGGCGCGGGGGCCGGGGGGGUGUACGCGCCCCCGCCCUACGAGCAGCUGCAGCACCACCAGGCCAUCCCGGCCCUUAGCCAGCAGCUACCGAUGUACAGCCCAGCAGCGGCAAUGUACGCGGCGGCGGCGGCGGGCUACCCCGGGUACAUCGGCUACCCCGUGCAGUACUACCCGUACUACCCGGCGGUGCAACCCUCCAUCCAGCCGCUUCGCCCCACCAUAAUGAUACCGAACGGGUUCGAAGCCGGAGGUCGGUUCGAGGGUCUGGCGCAGAGCCUCCUGCCCCCCGCGCCCCCCGGCGUGCCCCCCUCCCCCGCGCACCUCGCCGCGCUGCAGCCGCACCAAGUGCUGUGGCGCUAGUUCUAGAUGGUAGAUCGUAAUAUUGUCCCCGGGCCACGCCGGACGGUCGCGCCCCCCGCUGCCUGCACAGCCCGCCUCGAGAAGACCCGACUAAUUAUUGUACACAAUCUACACGCAGGGCGGCGCCCCCGGCGUGCGCCACUGUAUCUGCGGACUCACCGGAAGUAAUAGUGGGCGUGUGAGGUCGCCGCACUCCCUGUAACAGCCAUAAAGUUGGAUGUUGAUGUGCGAGCGGCGCGCGGGCCGCAACACACUGUCGAUCAAAGCUAUCCAGAACAAACUAUUUCAUGAACAAAACGUAAAUUCUCAGGAAUGCUCACCGCAUCACUAUCACAACGGCUCACAGAUGUGUUCUCAGUACUGUCAACCGCGCGGCUUAGACUCUAGUAGAGUUGCGUCACAUCCUCCUUUAUGGUCUGAAGACUUGCGGCGCCCCCGGGGGGUGGCGGGGGGGCGCGGGGGGCGGCGGGGCGGCCGUGCAGUAUUACGGAGGAUUUAACUUAGAUUUAUUAAUCAUUAUCUGUACUGUGUUCCCGCGCCCCCGGGCCCCGCGCCGCGCUCCAAAUGUUUCAAUAAAAACUUUGACCUCAAAUGAGCAAAGUUAAUUUUGGCAUAAACGUGAAGCGUGUCGAGUGACCUCGGCCGGCAACCCGUUAGCAUUGUUAUUGACAUUGCCGAGGGGUUGUAGUGGCGGUGCCGGCGGUGCAGGCAGUACAUUUAAUUACAAAUUUCAUUUAUUAAUAAAAAAUAUAUAAUUAUUAGGAAUGGGGAAAUAGCCAUUUAGAAAACAGCAAAGUAAUCGGCUUUGUCAAUAUAUAACUAUUUAUUGAACCGCACGCGGGAGUGGCGCCCCCUCGCGGUCCCUCCGCGGGCUCCUCACUGACUCGACCGGCUCCUAACUCGUACAGAAACGAAUCCCCAGGAUCAACAUAGUGUUGAAACAAACCAUUUGGUUAUUAUUAUUCAGUAAAACAGAAAGUUGUCCGCUUUCGAAAUAUUUCAUCUCUAGUGACGAUACAUAUAUUUUUUAUUAAUAAAACGCAAAAAUGGAAUAUAUAGUUAUAAAUGAAUAAAUAUAUUUAAAAAAAAAUGGUUGUGCGUGGCGUGCGAGUGAGAGAGAAUGUUUUAUUAUUAUUAUUAUUGUCGUUUUGUUGUCAAAACGUUUCUUGCGGAAUGACAAACGCAUCGAAAGACGUUCGAAUCUCGUUAUACUUGACAUCUGUCAGCCGUGACGUCUGUCAAACCUGACAGCUCUGUGAUUAUUGCCCUUUGCGCUUGUGCAGCCGACGCGGGGACGGGCCCACGGACCGCAGCGGAAAUGGAUUUUUUUUGACGAAUGAAAUAAAUUGGAAUAAAAUGUUGAAGAUCGCUAAUAAACAAAAUUAACUUCGAUUCGCAAUUGACAAUCCUUUUAAUGACAAUUUGCCAAAAGACACGCGCGGACAAGUCUACGUCGUCAAAGAAUCAAAAAAAAUAUUUAAAUAAAAUUGUUCACUCAAUUUUUGGAAAAUUAAUAAACUUUGUAUUAGCAAUGAAUUAAAUAAUGGACAUAUCUAAUAGCUAGAGCGGCUCAGUGGCCGAGUCCUGGCGGGACCGGGCCGCUCUCGCACGGAGUCCGGGCUCUGUGCUUUGAAACUAAGGAAAGUGCUCAUGAGUGCUCACGUGUCACUGUUUCGAUAGAAACAUCUGUCGUGUUUGUGAUCAAAGAUCUAGUUACGAAAAACUAUUCGAAUAAGUGAAUCUCAUUAUUUUGUAACUAUUUGAUUUGAAAAACUAUAUUUUGUUUGUAACCCCCUGGUUGUGGCGAGCCCCCCUAUUGAUUUCAACUAACAAGCAGCCAUUAUUGUGUUCAGCAGUGCUCUCGUGUGCUCACAGCGGCCGGCCGCUCCGUGUUUCGCGGCGGGGUAACUCUGACAACAGCAGCUGUUGCGAGGUCCCGUGUACUUAGUGUUUAUUUUGUUAUGAAGUCGGGGAUAGUCCUUGAUUAAAAGUUCACGUCGGAUGCCAAAUCGUCUUUUCGCAUUAAAAGUGUACAAUUUCCAAAAAUAUUCGAAAACUGAGUUAAUAUGCGGAAUCGUUUGGUAUCACCAGUAUUUUUCUCAUAAAUACUGUCAAAAGAGCGCAGUUUUGCUUUAUUUUUGUUUUUUGUUUACCUAUGUUUUGACCACUAUUAACAAAAUUAAUACAUAACUUUAUCUUACUUUAAUAGACAGAUGAUGUAACUGGUAUAAAAUAAAAAAGAAAUUUUGCAAAGAUGAAUAAUAUUAAAAAUAACACAUGUUGAAUCUUUAAAAGAUUCUCCUGUAAAAUUAGUAAGUUUUGAGAUUAUACAGUUUUAAUGCGAGAUAUAGGAACAUAUGACGUCACGAACCGACUGACAGUUUACCCGAGAUCGCAACUAAUAUUGAAUGUGUGACGUUUGAGUCCAGCCGGGACGGUUGCUUAGUGUUGGAGGGGUCCGUCUCGCGGCCUGCACGCGUUGUAUGUAGUCUUGUUGUUAAAUGUAUAUUUUUAUGUUCCUUUAAUUGCGUAUAUGUACCAUGAAAUCAUGUAAACGGAAGUACACCAGUUAAAGUUAAUUAUUUCUUGUGUCCUGUAAAUUGGAUUCAAUUGUAAAUCUAAUUUCAUUUCUCGGCGGCGCGUCCUGACGGUGCGACGCGCCCUCCGAGCGAUGACUGAUGACUUGUGAUUUAAUGUACAUUAGUAUAACAUUCCGUUUGAACUCUGCAACUGAAUCUCAUCGAGAACUCCAUAUCAAGAUGUAUCUAAGUGACCUUCGUCGUUAAUAAAGUGAAUAAUGUUCUUCAGUUAAGAUUCUAGUGCGCGUAUUGAACAUUACAUCAAUUGAAUAUGCAAUUUCAAAAAGGGCACUUUUCAGAAAAUGUAAAAUGUUCAGGAAAUGAAAAAUAUUAUUUUCUAAAGCAGUGUAAAAUUUAAAAUAUUAACUUUUGAGAUAUGUUUUAGUGUUAAUUAGCAAUUGAAAAUUACUGGAAUUAUUAUAAAAUGGGUGUAGGUAAGCCUCAAAAUUACAUGUAUAUGUAGAAAAAAAGUAUUUGACAAAAUAUGCGACAUGUGCCCUUUUCGAAAUUGCAUAUUCAAUUCUAACUGCGAUCCUCACAAAUGCAUUUAUAGAUUAAUAAAAUUUUAUCAUCUAUCAAGGAUCCAAAAACUUUGAUAUUAUGACAAUUUUGUUAUGAAAUAUUGUAAGCGCUGACUUGAUGCGCGUUCAAACUAUGAAAUAGUAUCAAAUGUAUAUUGUAGGUGGUCGGCAGGCGACUGCAAACGGAUUCUUCAUGUAAUUGAAUACAGUUUGUAAGUGAAAAUGCGUUUUGCUCAAUCGCGGAGUAUGGGUACAGUCGCGUGCAAUAUAUAGCAUAAUUAUUAUUUUGUUUCCAAUAAAAUCAGAUGAAAAUACAAA